AUGGCAAAUCGCUGGCUGUUGCAACCGUCACUUGCAUUCAUCGCGCUCAUCACACAGUCGAACUCAGCAGUCCUCAACCCAGAUAAGAACCCAGUGCUCAGUCGGAUCCUUCAAUGGACUAUUUAUGAUCACUUUUGCGCAGGGAACAGCAUUCCCGAAGUGUCAAGUACUAUCAAGUACAUCAAGAACCUUGGUUUCCACGGCAUCAUUCUCGGAUACUCCAAAGAUGUGGUCUUGGACCCUAACGUGAAGCUCCCGACUACUGGCGUCGAGGGCUAUCCAAAAGAGUGCUACGAUAUGAUCGAUGAGUGGAAGAAGGGUAACAUCAAUACUCUGAAUAUGAUCGAGGCCGGUGAUCUUCUGGCUGUCAAGGUGACUGGUGCCGGACCCAUCGCCGUAGACGCUUUACAGGCUGGUAAGCCGAUGAAUAGCUACCUCCACAAAGCUCUCAACGAUAUCUGUAGCGAGACUCGAAGGCGCGGAUGUCAACUCUGGAUAGACGCAGAACAACAAGCUAUGCAACCUACACUCGACGACUGGACCAUCAUCCUCAUGCGAGAACACAACCGGAACGGGAAUGCCCUGGUUUACAACACCAUUCAAGCUUAUCUCAAAGGCGCUAGACAGAAUGCAAAGAGGCAUAUCCAACUAGCAGCUCAAGAAGGCUGGACUGUUGGUAUCAAGCUAGUUCGCGGCGCAUAUAUCGAGAAUGAAAUCCGAUCCCUCAUUCAUGAUACAAAAGAGGAUACGGACAACUCAUAUAAUGAUAUUGCAGACAUGCUAAUUUCUCGAAGAGUGCCAGAUGAAGCUGCCAACCUCAGCUUCCCCGACGCGGCACUCGUUUUGGCGACACAUAAUGCUGAGAGUGCGCAAAAGGCCCUUGGCACACACAGAAAGCGUCUCGAGGCUGGUCUUCCCACAGUGCCUAUGAAGUGUGCACAGAUCAUGGGCAUGGCCGAUGAGUUGAGUUGCAAGCUGCUGCAGGAUUACGAGCAGGCUGUGAAGGAGAACAGAGUCACUUCCGAGACACCGAAGAUUUACAAAUGUUUACCUUGGGGUUCGGUGCAGGAGUGUAUCAAUUAUUUGUAUCGACGUGCGGUGGAGAAUCGUGGUGCUGUUGAGAGGACGCAGCAUAUGGCGCAGGCGAUGAGACAGGAGCUCCGACGUAGGAUACUGGGGUAG